CAUAGGUGGCGCUACAAACACAUAUUCCGCCAUCUUGCUAUUGCUGAUUCACAACACUGUGUCUUUACAUCAAUAUUUCGAAUACUAGAGGAGGAGUCAAGGAGUAUAACCAUGGCGGCUGGCCCCUACAAUUACUCAUAUAUAUUUAAAUACAUCAUCAUCGGAGAUAUGGGUGUUGGAAAAUCUUGCCUUCUACACCAAUUUACAGAGAAAAAAUUUAUGGCAGACUGCCCACACACAAUAGGAGUUGAAUUCGGAACAAGAAUUAUAGAAGUAUCUGGACAGAAAAUUAAGUUACAGAUAUGGGAUACAGCUGGACAGGAGAGAUUCCGAGCGGUGACGAGGAGUUACUACCGAGGAGCAGCGGGGGCAUUAAUGGUCUAUGAUAUCACAAGGCGAAGCACAUACAACCAUUUAAGUAGUUGGCUAACUGAUGCAAGGAACUUAACAAAUCCCAACACAGUGAUAUUUUUAAUUGGUAAUAAGUCUGAUUUAGAAGCUCAAAGAGAUGUUACAUAUGAAGAGGCCAAGCAGUUUGCUGAUGAAAAUGGUCUCAUGUUCUUAGAAUGUAGUGCCAAAACGGGUGACAAUGUAGAAGAUGCAUUUUUAGAUACAGCAAAAAAGAUAUACCAGAAUAUACAGGAUGGAAGUUUGGACUUGAAUGCAGCUGAGUCAGGUGUGCAACACAAGCCAGCUACGCCCAGAAAUCCCAUAAACACAGACCAAGCCCCCAUUGAUAAGGGUUGUGCCUGUUGAUGACCCUGCCUCUGUCGUAGACGGGCAGAUAACUGUGUAUUCAUUCCAAGGAUGUGUGCAGCAUGGGUUCUUUUGAUCAAAAUUAUUCUCUUCUCCGGGCACCAAGGUGUGGAAGAUCAUCUGGUGGAGUAGUGAGAUUAUUAUCGAUAGAAUUUUCUUUAAAGGAUGAUUGUUAUGGAAUUAGGAGUUCUGUAACAACCUACAUUUGUGUAUUUAUAAUUCUAUUUAAACAAAAACAUGUGAUCGCAUGAUUGUAAAUUAUUAUUAUUAAAAUAUGGUACCUUUUUCAAUGAUAUGUAUGUACAUGGUGCAAUAUUUUUUUCUCCCUUAUCUUUUCUUUACUGAUGGAAUGAUUUUGAUCAUAGAAUACAUGCAUUGACUACUAUUCAUUUUAAAAUGAACAUGAGGUCAUAUUUAAAUUGUGUUUUAUUUUGGGACCUGGAAUGAUUGAAUACCGUGUGACAAUGUGUGAAAGGGGCGGGGAAUUUCCUGUAACAGAGUUGAGAAAACAUGUCAAAAUCUCUGUUGUGGAGUCAUUAGAUUGAAGUCAGUUGAUAGCGAUGAUGUGAUUGUUCUGUUAAUGUUAUUGUUUUGUUAACUUAUAUCAAAUAUUUUGUGUAUAUGUGUAUGUAUUUCCUCUGCUGUUGCACAUCAAAACUUAGUUAUAACAUUUUUUAGUUGAGGGUGGUAAAAGUAGGAUCUGAAUCGAGGAUGCACUUCAUGCACACUGUCAGAUGGAUAUUUUUUGCUGCAGCAAUUAGCAGUUAUGAAGCUUUUGUGAUAGAGAAGAAUAUCUUUAUUCGAUUUUUUCUUCAUUGGAUACAAAUGAAAAGGCACAGGUGUAUUGAGAAAGACAAAUUAAUGCAGAUACAUUAGGUUCAGUUACGGUAAAUGAUUACAAUGGAGAGUUUGCUAAGUUAUGUCUUGAUAGAUACUGAUACUGGUUAGGCAUGAUUAGAAUGUAUAUCUGAUCUUGUUUUGGGAGGGGGAUCAUCAGUUCAUUUUUACGUUACGAAGUUGGAGAAAAUUCUUGAUUGGUAACUGUAUCAUAAAGUUGGAAGUUGACCAAAUGAAAAGGAAAAAUAUCAAAUGUUGAUGGUAAACCAAUUGGAAUGAAGUUCUUGAUUUUGUAAAAGAAAAUGUUAAUAAAUUUUCAGAAAGGGUUAAGAAAUCUUUCAAUAGAAAGUCUUAUUAUCCUCUUAUUAUAACUUGGCUCACAAAGAAAUGAAGCAGGGAAAAUUUAAGACAAAGUCUGACAUAUUUUUGUUCAUUUUUACAGUUGGUUUCUUAAAUAUAUAAAAUAUUCUCCAUUGCAAAGUGUUGAUAAUAUCGUUUGUCAUCUAGGACCUUGGAUUUUCAAGUAAAACUAACAAACAGCAUUUAAAUAUACUGUUUCUAUAAUUCCGUAACAGUUUUGUGGAUAUUUGAAUAUAUGCAAAACAAUUGAUCAAGUGAAACCUGUACUGGUGGAUUAGUCCAAUACAAUGCUCUCAUCAAACAUCCUGAUUUUGCUUUAGAUUUAACAUUAACAUAAGCACAUUCUCUAAAAUUGACAUAUACCACACUUAAUUUUUCACUUGGUAAGGAAAAGGUCACUAAGUCAUUAUAAAUGUAAAUUUUUGGCUUAUUGGUCAACAUUUUUUUCUUGAAUUAAUUUACAAAUAAAAUGCAAAUAGUUCAUUGGAUGAACAUGCACAUCACAUGGGCAGGCCCAUAUAUUAUUUAACAUAUAAAAUUACUCAAAUCCAAAUUCUUAUAGAAAAAAAUCUGCUCAUACUGCUUUGAUGGACACAGGUGUACAUUUCAUGUAAAUACAAUAGCCAUGUAAAUUUUAUGUAGCAUGUGUAUCCACAUUGUCUUUCUAGCGUAGUUUGUAUAUGUGUCUUUAUUUUUUAUGCUUUUUGUGAUAUUGAGAAGAAUUUUUAAAGUAAUUCACAUUACAUAUCUCUGAUUGAUUUAUUCUGGUCUAAUUAAAAAAAGGAUACACAUUUGAAAUGUAUAUCAUCUGAACUUCAGAUCAAUUCUUGAUCGUUUAUUUGGUAUUUGGUGUUUAAAUUUCUUUUCCAAUUUUCCAAAAAACAAGUGCUGUAUUUUAUGAUUGUGCAUUUAUUGUAAGUGCUAUUCCCUUUUCAUUAAUAUCUCUUUCUGGUGACCAUAUUUACCAUCAGUUGAAACAAAUACCUUCCAUAAAAGUGAUUGAUUUAUUAGUGUAUUUAUUAUGUCCAUUAUCAAGAGGAACAUUCUGUGUUGGUAUAAUUUUGUAAAAAUUCAAUUUCCAAGCAGUUUGAUUUAACAUUAUUGACUGGUUCACCUUUUUUGUUUUUGACUCCAUUAUAAUCUUUUCCCCUCCACAACCUGUAAAUUUGUACCGACACAAGUUUAGGGCUUUAAUGGUUACUAAUUGCUUCUAAGAGAAACAAAUUGUAUUAAUAUAUAUGGUGUAGUCAGUUCAGAACUUAAAAUAUAAAAAAUUGUAACAAAUGAUGUGAUAACCUGUUGUAUGUAAUUCACCCUCACUCAUUUAAAGUAAUAUAUUGAAGUCAAAGGAAUAAAUUAUGAAAUAAUUCUGAA